CCUGAUGGCAGCAACAAGCUCACUCUCUGAAGAUGACUUACUUUGUCCUCAGUGCUCCGAGAUUUAUUGCCUCCCUGUUCUUUUGAAAUGUGGCCACAAUAUCUGCAAAGUUUGUUUACAGAAAUUCUGGGAAUGGAAAGGAUGUCGGGAAUGUCCUGUGUGUCGCACUGUGUCUGUCCCUGGGAGGCCUCCUAUCAAUUUGGAACUAAAGAUAGCUGCAGAUGAAUAUCAAGUGCAACGGACCGGCAGGAAUCAAGAGGUUUGUUUUCUUCACCAUGAGAAGCUGAAGAUUUUCUGUCAUAACGACGAAGAGCCCAUCUGUCUGGUCUGCCAGACGUCAAAACAGCACAAAAUUCACGAGUGCUGCCCAGUAGAGGACGCGGCUCAACAGAAAAAGACGGAAAUUUCAGCCAAGCUGGAGUCCUUAAGGAAAAAGCUCAGAAUACUGAACAAGACAAAGCAGCACUGGGAGGAAACAAAAGCCUAUAUACAGACCCAAGCGUAUCAAAAUGAGAAAGUUAUUAAGGAGGAGUUUCAGAAGCUACACCUGUUCCUCAGGGAGGAGGAAAACACUAGACUAAAGGAGCUCAAAAAGGAAGAGGAAAUUAAAACCCAGGUAAUGUGCGAAAAGGUGGAAGACAUCAAGGACAAGAUCGAAACCCUCUCUUCCACCAUCAGUGAUAUUGAGACAGCCCUCAGAGCGAAGGAUUUACCAUUUUUACAGGACUACAAGCAGACAAAGAAACGGGUCAAAUGCAACAUUCGUGAGCCAGAGUGUAUCAGAGACAUCCUGAUAAACUCUGCAAAGCAUCUGGGAUUACUUAAAUUUGGAAUUUUGAAGAAGAUGGCCAACAUUGUCAAAUAUGUUCCCAUCACUCUGGAUCCAAACACAGCCCACUCCAACUUAAAGAUCUCUGAAGAGCUGACCUGUCUGCAAUACAGCAGUAAGCAGCUCCUACCUGACAACCCUGAACGCUGCACCAGCCGUUUGUGUGUGCUGGGAGCAAACGGCUUCACAUCUGGAAAGCACAGCUGGACUGUAGAGGUGGGCCAAAGCAAAGACUGGUACAUCGGAGUGGCCCGGGAGUCCAUCAAAAGAAAGAGUACCAUCUUCCUCAACCCUGCCGAGGGUUUCUGGGUGAUUGGCCUGUGCAAUGGAGACUCGCUCUGGGCUCAGACCUCACCUCGCACCAAGCUUGUGUUGAAGCAGAAGCCUGAGAGGAUUACUGUAGAGUUGGACUGUGACAAAGGAAAGGUAGUGUUCAUCAACACUGCUAAUUUGACAACACUGCACACAUUCAAGGACAGAUUUACAGAGAGGAUUUUCCCCUACUUCUCCCCUGGAUUGUAUGAGGAGGGGAAGAUCUCCAGCCCUCUGACAAUCUGUCCUCUGACCAUAACAGUGGGUGUAAAAUAG